AUGCGAAUCAACCGGCAAGUUGACCAAGAGAAGAAUGAAUCGGAGCAAAGAAUCGACUCUGAACUUCCAGUUCCCCAGCCCGACCUGGUCUUUGAUGGUGGCUUGAUAGCAUGGGUGCAGGUUCUGCUUACCCAUAUCGUUUUUUUCAAUACUUGGGGCGUGGCCAAUGGCUACGGGAUCUUCCAACAAUACUACACCCAGACACUUGGCCAGACAGAGUCGUCGGUAUCCUGGAUCGGAAGCGUCCAGGUCUUUCUUCUUUUCAUAUUUGGCGUUGCAGCAGGGCGCCUCACGGACGGUGGACACUUUCGCCUCAUCUUUGUCUCCGGUGUUUUCCUUCAGCUCUUGGGACUUUUCAUGACAUCCUUGUCCACGAAAUAUUGGCAAAUAUUCCUCGCUCAAGCCGUUUGUCUAGGCACAGGGAAUGGAUUCACGUUUUGCCCAGCCUUGGCAGUACUCUCCCAAUAUUUCAGGAAAUAUCGCGCGUUUGCUGUUGGACUUGCGGCUGCCGGUGGUGCCAUUGGUGGUCUCAUAUACCCGGUCCUUAUAAACUGGUUGAUCUUCAAGGACAACGUUGGAUUCGCAUGGGCUUUGAGGGCUAUGGGCUUUAUAAUGCUCGCGACUUACAUCCCAUGCUUGGUAUGGUUUCGACCACGCCUACCACCUCGCGAAAGCGGACCUUGGAUAGAUACCUCUGCAUUUACCGAGAUGCCAUUCAUCUUCUUUUCCGCCAGCAUGUUCUUGAACUUCUGGGGACUGUAUUUUGCAUUCUUCUAUCUAGGAACUUUUGCACGGGAUCAAAUUGGUGUUGCCGAACCAAUCUAUCUAUUGAUGAUUCUGAACGGCGUUGGUGUGGUUGGGCGUGUUAUUCCGCCUAUGAUCGCCGAUAAAUGGACUGGUCCUCUCAACAUCUUGAUCCCACUUAGCUUUUCAGCAAGUAUCGUUGUGUACUGUUGGGCUGCGAUAUAUUCUAUCGGGGGGUUGCUUGCGUUUGCCGUGGUGUAUGGUUUCCUCGCAGCCGCGCUGCAAGCUCUUUUCCCUGCAGUUGCAACCAGCAUGACACCUCAUCCCAACAGGACAGGAACUCGGGUGGGAAUGAUCCUGGGGUUUGUUAGCUUUGCUAACCUCACCGGCCCGGCAAUCUGUGGUGCCUUGAUCAAAAAAGAAGAUGGAAGCUAUCUGGGCGCUCAAAUAUUCGCUGGGACUUCUAUUUUACUUGGUGCAGUCAUGGCACUGGCAGCGAGAAUCACAAAGGCAGGAAUAGCACUCAACGUGAAGGUAUAG